UGGUGAUAUCGGAUCGAUGACUAAGGCAUCAGAUUAACUAGAUCGACCCCAGACGUGAGCUCAUAUCAACAACUGUCCUCAAAGCAUCCCAUCCCCACAGACAACUGGGCUCACUGCACAGGCAGCAUUGGUAGGAGAUCAAUGCCGCAAUCAUGGUUCUUUUACAAAAUUCGUUGCUCCCCUUGAGUGUGGCAGCAUGUUUGACUGUGUUAACUGCGGCGAAAGACGACGGCGCCGCACGACCUCGUGGAGUCGGACCAGAGUUUGCCAAAUUCUACAAGGAUACGACAACAUUUAGCUGCAUCUCCCAUCCAGCUGUCAGGAUCCCAUUCUCUGCUGUGAACGACGAUUUCUGUGAUUGUCCCGACGGAAGCGAUGAGCCUGGAACUUCCUCCUGCUCGUAUAUUUCCCGUUACUCCUCUCUGACGGUCGCUGACCGUCCGGGGAAUAGCGAGCUGGAACUCGCGGCAGCGCUCCCUGGAUUCUACUGCAAGAACAAGGGCCACAGGCCGUCAUAUCUCCCAUUCCAGCGCAUUAAUGAUGGUGUCUGUGACUACGACCUAUGCUGUGAUGGGAGUGACGAAUGGGCGCGCGUCGGCGGCAUCAAGUGCGAGAAUCGGUGCAAGGAGGUUGGCAAGCAGUGGAGAAAGCAGGAAGAGGAACGACAUAGAUCGAUGACCGCAGCUCUUAAGAAUAAAAAGGAGCUGCUUGUCGAUGCCGGGAGACAGCAGAAGGAGGUCAGCGAUCGUAUUCGAGACCUCGAGGUGGAGCUCAAAUCGCAAGAGUUGAAAGUUAACGGCCUUGAGAAGGACUUGGAAGGGCUUCAGAAGCAGGACCGGAAGGACGCUAGCAAAAGAAAAAAGAAGGGCAAACUUAGUGCCUUUGCCCAGGUAGCUAAAGAGAGGGUCGAGGAGCUAAGGAAUGCAGCGAUGGAAAUUCGCAAAGAAAGGGAUGAGAUUCGAGCAAGAGUGAAGGAGUUGGAGGACAUCUUGUCGAAGUUCAAGGAGGAAUACAACCCUAACUUCAAUGAUGAGGGUGUCAAGCGAGCUGUGCGUAGCUGGGAGGAGUAUGCAGCUAGGCAAUCCACUGAAGGCACUGAAGUGGCAGCGCGCGAGAGGGACUUGGAUGCUAUCUCCACUGAGGACAGUGAGAAUUCUGGAAUUAACUGGGCACAGUGGGAAGCUGAGGAUGAAAGCGAAGGCGAUUCUCCCUCCAAACUUACAGCUUGUCUCCCCUCGCCUAUCGCCAAAUUCGUCGAGGAUAAGAUGCACCUCAUCAAGGGCCUCCUUGAAGAAAACGGCAUUCUAGCACCAGAGGCCGGCGAUACCUCAUCUGAAUCGCAGGCUGUAGUGGAAGCACGCAAUGCGCUCGCAUCGUCCCAGGGCACUCUCCGGGAACUUCAAAACAACCUCAAGAACCACAAGGAGGAUCUUGAGAAGGACUACGGGCCAGCGUCAAUCUUCCGCGCACUCAAGGACAAGUGUGUCUCCAAGGACUCUGGAGAGUAUGUGUACGAGCACUGCUUCCUGUCCAAGACCAAGCAGAACCCGAAGAAGGGCGGAGCAUCAGCCUUGAUGGGUAAUUUCGUCGGGUUUGGAACGGUGGGCGUUGAUGAAGUCGAUGAAUCGGGCGAGAUCGUUCCCGUGGCGAAGAUGACGCUAGAGUACGCGAACGGCCAGAAGUGCUGGAACGGACCGACACGUUCGACCACCGUUAUCCUGGAAUGUGGAGAGAAGGAUGAGAUUGUCAAAGUCAUGGAAGAUGCGAAAUGCGUCUACUCGAUGAUCGUCAACACACCCGCGGUCUGCGAAGGGGGGGAGGCUGAGGGUAACGUUGCACCACGACAGAAGGACGAGCUCUGAUCAUAGGUUGUACAUCUUGGUUUGCUUUUUCGUUACUUCGUUUUCUUGGCCAGUUGUCGAUGUUCUGCAUCCCACAUGCCCGGAGUUCCCCAACCGUACCUGAGUUCGAAGUGUAGGAGUUAUGAGCGGUUGAAGCGAGAGGAACUACAUUGUUCACGAUUGACACGACGGUCAUCAACCAUCGAUGGGACUAUCAGAGCCAUACUAGAAUUCCUUUCCUUGGGUUUCAUUAUGUUAUUCCAUACCCACGAAAACUGCGGUCCGUUGACUAUUUGAAAAGUAGAUCGCUCCAUGGCACCGGCAUAACAGGAGUCGUACCGAAUCCAACCGACGGUGGUUCUUUGCGCACGGGAUAUACUUAGCAUCAGCAUUAGUAUUAGUAUUAGCAUUGUCAUUAUCAUAUUAAUAUAUCCCACUGGAGGGAGACAAUCGGACGAGAGUAGAGGCUCCUCGCGGCAAUUGGCGAAGCAAAGCCAAAUUGAGUUUUCUGGGCUUUUCGCGCCGGCUUUCAGGCUGGCGGAUGGAGAGGAUUGCUGCAGUCCAUGAUCAGCGCAGAAAGAAACUUUGCGCUGCAUCUG